GAGAGUAUUGAUGAGUUCUCACAUAAAAGACCGGACUGUUUUGUUCAGUGGCAUUCACCUUGCCAACUCAAAAAUGAGAGGAUCGCACUCUAAUAUGAGGCAUCGUGCAAGUAUCCAUACAACAAAUGGCCAUGGCCGAGGGGAGGUGGCCUCUCGGUCUGUGAGGUCGAACGGUCGAAACCGGAAUUCUGGCUCGGGGUUGGAUGAGGUGCACCCUCUAAUUGGGAAUUACCGGCUUCUAAAAACCAUUGGAAAGGGCAACUUUGCCAAGGUCAAACUGGCUCGCCAUAUCCUCACAGGAAGCGAGGUGGCAAUAAAAAUGAUUGAUAAAACCCAACUGAAUCCAACAAGUCUUCAAAAGCUAUCCAGAGAAGUCAAAAUUAUGAAGAAUUUAAAUCACCCAAAUAUCGUCAAACUGUUUGAGGUUAUUGAGACUGAAAAGACUCUGUUUCUGGUGAUGGAAUAUGCCAGUGGAGGUGAAGUGUUCGACUACCUUGUGGCUCAUGGGAGGAUGAAGGAGAAAGAGGCCAGAGCUAAAUUUAGACAGAUUGUGUCAGCUGUGCAGUAUUGUCAUCAAAAACACAUUGUGCACAGAGACUUGAAGGCUGAAAACCUGCUGCUAGAUGCUGAUAUGAACAUUAAGAUAGCUGACUUUGGCUUCAGUAAUGAGUUCAUGGUGGGAAAUAAAUUGGACACAUUCUGUGGCAGCCCUCCCUAUGCUGCCCCUGAGCUCUUUCAGGGGAAGAAGUAUGACGGGCCGGAGGUGGACGUAUGGAGUUUGGGGGUCAUUCUCUACACGCUGGUCAGCGGAUCCCUGCCCUUCGAUGGACAGAAUCUCAAGGAGUUGCGUGAGCGAGUGUUACGUGGUAAAUAUCGGAUCCCUUUCUACAUGUCCACGGACUGUGAGAAUCUUCUCAAGAGGUUCCUGGUUUUAAACCCAGCCAAGAGAGGAACAUUAGAGCAAAUCAUGAAAGAGCGCUGGAUCAAUGCUGGCUUUGAAGAUGAUGAACUCAAACCUUUCACUGAACCAGAAGCCGACAUCUCUGACCAGAAAAGAAUAGAUGUGAUGGUGGGGAUGGGCUUCUCCAGAGAAAAGAUCCAGGAGUCUUUGUCCAAAAUGAACUAUGACGAGAUCACAGCUGUAUACUUAUUGCUGGGCAGAAAGACCAAUGAGGAGGUUAUUGACUCCAUCUCCAAUACUAAUCUAUCUGUGGUGAAGACAAGGCCCUCAAGUGAGAUGAACGGCCAGUCACCAACUCACCUGAAGGUCCAGAGGAGUGUCUCGUCCAGUGAAUCCAGAAAAUCAAGACGCCAUAGUGACCAAGUUGGAGUCACUAACUCAGGGUUGAGUAACUCUAAGAGGACGGUUCCUGGCACAGCCGAUGAUGUCAAACAGGAAGGUGGGGUCACAGUACGUAAGCCUCCAUCUCACAGCCCCCCCAGCCCACUGCUAGGUAAUGCCAACAACCCCAACAAAACAGAAAUACCCGACCGCAAGAGAGGCAGCACCAUCACACCUAAUAAUAACUCUGGAUCUGGAGGCAUGUCAAGGAGAAACACAUAUGUGUGCACUGAUAGAAACAACACCGACCGCCUUUCUGUCAUUCCCAAUGGGAAGGAAAACAGUGUGUCAUUGUCUCCUGGCUCUCGGGACCCUGGUGCCUCCACUCACAGCAUCAGUACCGCUGCCACACCUGAUAAAACGCGUUUCCCACGAGGCACUGCGAGCCGCAGCACCUUCCACGGGCAGCUGAGGGAUCGUCGCACAGCCACCUAUAACGGUCCCCCUGCCUCACCCACUCAACCGCGCAGCCGCGGUAAUGCCAACAACUUGCUCACCAAGCUCACCUCCAAACUCACACGGAGAAAUAUGUCAUUCAGGUUUUCCAAAAGUCGCCAUGUAUCUGGGGAUCAGCAGAAAGAUGAAGGGAAAGAUGGAAAAGACGGCAAACCCCGCUCUCUCCGUUUCACCUGGAGUAUGAACACCACCAGCACCAUGGAGCCAGCCGACAUCAUAAAUGAGAUCCGCAAAGUUCUGGACGCCAACAGCUGCACUUACCAGCAGCGUGAAUGCUUUCUGCUUCUCUGUGCCCACGGCGACAGCCGCACUGACAGCCUUGUCCAAUGGGAGAUGGAGGUGUGCAAACUGCCCCGGCUCUCACUUAAUGGUGUCCGUUUUAAGAGGAUAUCUGGCAACUCAAUCACUUUUAAGAAUAUUGCUUCCAAAGUUGCAGGCGAACUCAAGCUAUGAAUAAAUCUUUAGUGUAACUACAUAGAGGAAUUUAUGAAAUGGUUUAGUUCAAUAUAGACAAAUGAAUUAAGCUGCACAAUCGUAAAGUAGCAGUUUACGAUUUCUUUCUCUUUUUUUUUUUAUAAA